GGGCGGGGCCUCCUGCCGGAAGCGACCGCCCGGCCGAGGUUUCGGUUGGCGGCCGGCGGUGGGAGAUGCGCCCGCGAGCGAAGGGCGGGCGUUCGAAGGCAGCUCGGCGCUGGGGCUGAGCGGCUGAGGCGCCGCGCGGUCAUGGCCCCCACCAAGCCCUGGGGAGAGUGGUUCCUGGGCCUGCGGGUGCCGCCCGCCGGCGUCUUCGGGGUGGCCUUCCUCGCCCGGGUGGCCCUGGUUUUCUACGGCGUCUUCCAGGACCGGACGCUGCUCGUGCGGUACACGGACGUCGACUACCGGGUGUUCACGGACGCCGCGCGCUUCGUCACCGAGGGGCGCUCCCCGUACCUGCGGGCCACGUACCGCUACACCCCGCUGCUGGGCUGGCUGCUCACGCCCAACGUGUACCUGUGCGAGCUCUUCGGGAAGUUUCUGUUCAUCAGCUGCGACCUGCUCACCGCCUUCCUCCUCUACCGCCUGCUGCUCUUCAAGGGGCUGGGCCGGCGCCGGGCUUGCGGCUACUGUGUCUUCUGGCUCCUUAACCCGCUGCCCAUGGCGGUGUCCAGCCGCGGCAACGCCGACUCGAUGGUCGCGGCGCUGGUGCUGGCGACGCUGUACCUGCUCGCGAGGAGGCAGGUGGCGUGCGCCGCGGUGUCGUACGGCCUCGCCGUGCACAUGAAGAUGUACCCGGUGACCUACAUCCUGCCCAUCGCCCUGCACUUGCUCCCGGAGCGCGGCGACCCCGGCCGGCCCCGCUGCCCCUUCCAGGCCCGCCUGUACGAAUUCCUCAAGAGGCUGUGCAGUCGGGCCGUGCUGCUCUUCGUCGCCGUCGCCGGGCUCACGUUUUUCGCCCUGAGCUUCGGCUUCUACCAGAAAUACGGCCGGGAGUUUCUGGAGCACACCUACCUGUACCACCUGACGAGGCGGGACAUCCGGCACAACUUCUCGCCCUACUUCUACAUGCUGUACUUGACCGCGGAGAGCCCGUGGAGCUUCGCCCUGGGCCUCGCCGCCUUCCUGCCGCAGUUCCUCCUGCUGUCGGCCGUGUCGUUCGCCUACUACAGGGACCUCGUCUUCUGCUGUUUCCUGCACACGGCCAUCUUCGUGACUUUCAACAAAGUCUGCACCUCCCAGUACUUUCUUUGGUACCUCUGCCUGCUGCCCCUGGUGAUGCCGCUGGUGAGGAUACGGUGGAAACGCGCCGUGGUUCUCCUGAUGCUGUGGUUCAUCGGGCAGGCCCUCUGGCUGGCUCCUGCGUACCUCCUGGAGUUUCAGGGAAAGAACACCUUUCUGUUUAUCUGGUUAGCGGGUUUGUUCUUCCUUCUUAUCAACUGUUCCAUCCUAAUUCAAAUUAUUUCCCAUUACAAGCAGGAACCCCUGGCAGAGAGAAUCAAAUAUGACUAAUUCGGGCUCCUGUUCUUCUGCCACUUCUAGUACAUUCGGAUGGUGCUGAAUGGGCCGGAAGAGAGCUUUGGAGACAUUUUUGAACAUCCUGUGCACGCUGGUGAAAGUUCAGUUGGGAGCAUGAAUCCCGGCCCCGAGGGAGAUUAAAGCGAAUGGUUGCCUUGUAUAUAAAGGGGACUCAAUAAUUGAGGUCCACCUCUAGGAAGUCUUAGGCCUCAUUCAUCGGGAACACGAUGGGAAGGAAAGGUUACUUGUUUCAACACCGAAAGGCUGAUGAAACUAUCAGAUGCCAAAAGGUUUUUGAAGAAAAAUAGAGGAAUGUAGUCAGUCCCGGGGUCUAACCCAGUGUUCAUACCAGCUACACUAUGCCGCAGAGUCUAAAGCUGUCUUUUCUUUUCAACCCCCCACUUUUUCUUUUGAAAGCUUUCCCAAUAGCUGUGAAAACUCGCGGAAUGUUCCUAAAGUACAGCUUUUAGAUGUAAAGUGGUAAAUAUUAACUCUUGUGCUUAGGUUGGGAAAGUUCAUUCUGUAUUAAAAGUGGGGGCUUAGAAAAGAGCCCAAAGAAUUUAAACUGUAAUCAUGUUUCACAUAUCUGUUUCAUUACUUAGUUUUUCAGCACUUAGUCUCAUGGUAUUACACUACCAUUUGGUUUUAUGCAGAAAGGAUUAAAUUAAAAUUCACCCAUCUUUAAACUGAAGUCAUUACAUUAUUUUAAAAUAGCAUCUUGCUUUUGAUGUUUGAAGUCCACAAACUAUUAAGGACAUUUUAGUGUUCUUUUAUACCCCUUUGUUUUUAAUUUUCUCAUUGCUUUUUUUUCUAGUUUUCUUUUUUUUUUUUUUUAAAUGUUUAUUUCUGAGAGACAGAGAGACAGAAUGCUAGCAGGGGAGGGGCAGAGAGAGAGGGAGACACAGAAUCCGAAGCAGGCUCCAGGCUCUGAGCUGUCAGCACAGAGCCCUACUUGGGGCUCGAACCCAUGAACCGUGAGAUCAUGACCUGAGCCGAAGUUGGACACUUAACCUGACUGAGCCCCCCGGGCGCCCCUAAUUUUCUGAUUGCUUAAAAAUAUUUUUCGUCUGGAAUUUAAGUGAAUCUUGGGUCAUCUGUGUUGCGAAAAUGCAAAGUAGUAGAUUUUAAGUGAUAAAAAAAUUACAUUGUUAGUAAAGUGUUUUCCAGCUUAAAAAUACCCCUCUGAAGAAAAUUCUAUGAUGGAAAUGGAGACCUGUGUGGGAGGCUCUGGAAAGCAUUAAGAAGCAUCAUUAGUCUUCAGACCAGGAAAUUGAGGGAGAGACUGUGGACCUGAGGCUUUGCUGGGCGGAUCCAUUUCCCUUAUUACUAUCAUAUUUCUAGGAAAAAAUGUUUUCUGAGUUUCAAACAAGCAACCUAAAAUUUUUUUUAGUCCCCAUCUAGGUUGGGGACUCCCUAAGAAGCUAAAAUGUAGGAGUUUGCUUUUGUGGUUUUAAAAGAUGAGUAAUUAAGUGACAUUGUUCUUUCAUAGUACAACACACACACACACACAGCGCACAACUUUAGAGAAGUAGUAUAUUUCAUAUCAGUUCCGGCCAAAAAGAGACUUUGAGAGUAAUGUCUGCGGGCUGGUCAUAAACAAGAAUGCUGUUACUGGGAGCACUUCUUUGAUGGAUGUGUUUUGGGACCUGCCAUUAGAAGGAGGGAAAGAAUGGGUGGUUUUGCAUGGGUGGUUGUUCAGUGAAAAUAGCAGAGACCAUUAAUUGUUGGAGAUGGUGACCGUUCUUAGAGCAUCUAGUCUCAUAUCCCAUGUUAGGUCUUACCUUGAGUACUCUUCGUAUGUGAUUGUUCAUUAGUUGCCUUCCAGCCAUGACUUUUUUAUCCUUUUUUUUUUUUUCAUUCUUUUGUAAUAAUAAUUAAAUUUUUUUUUGGUAGAGAGGCACCUGGGUGGUUCAGUCGGUUGAGCUUCCGACUUCGGCUCAGGUCAUGAUCUCACAGUUUGUGGGUUUGAGCCCCGCAUCAGGCUCUGUGCUGACUGCUUGCUCAGAGCCUGGAGCCUGCUUCGGAUUCUGCGUCUCCUUCUCUCUCUGCCCCUCCCCUGCUCACGCUUUGUCUCCGUCUGUUUCUCAAAAAUAAAAAUAAAUGUAAAGAAAAAACAAUUUUUUUUUGGUAGAACUGGUGGGAAAGGGGUGGGAAACAUGGAAUUCCAGUAUCCCAAUAUAAUUGUCUUUUUGGUAUUCCAGACUAUUUUUUAGAUUGUCAUAAGUAUAUUCACUUAUUAAUUUCCCAAUUUGUUUACUUUAAUAUUCUGUUUUUGUAGCGGCUUACUCUGUACUUACAUUGAAGCUGCUGAGUAACACUCCCAUCGCACGGAUGUUCACAUCACAAAUAGGUCAGUCUUCCACUGUGAAACCUCGACAGUUGCCUCUAAUCUAAGACUUUAAACGUUUUCCAUGUCUUAGAUCAUUCCCUUAACAUUCUCAGAGUGUCUGAUAUUCUUAGAAGUCGGUGGAGUUCUGCUGGGAUCUUUGGACAGAGCUUCAAGUGCAGAACCUGCCCUGGGGGGACAUUCUCUCCUGAAGAACUAUGGGCAUUUCUCAAAAGAUGUAGAGGCUGUUUUGCAGCUCGUAGGCUGCAAACCAUUUAUAAAUUCAUGAAGUGAUUUUAUUUUGUCUCGAGGGUUUUCAUUUUUUUCAUUUUUCUUCCUGGUUUUAUACAAUCUCUUCUUGUCUUCUUUUCACUUGCAGUCUUUUUGGUGUCUUUAGUAGUCCUUUAAGAACACCUUAAAAUCGUAUAGGACUUUGCCUUAUUUCCUACACAAUUCUUUUUGUUCUAAUGAUCAAUGUACCUUAAGAUCAAUGUACCCAUUUAUAGAUAAGCGCUAAUUAUUAGCCUAUGAGGCACCGUACUUAAGAGAAUCUGUUCUAAACCCAGCAGACCACAUGGCUUAUUUUCUUCAGUAGUUGCCUUACUGUCUUGAAAAUGUCCUUAAAUAUCUCUAGAUAAAUUUCCUGGAUUAGGUACAUUGGAAAGGCUCACAUUCUCCCGGCCCCCACACAAGACUCUUAAAACUGUAGAUUUUAGUUACUGACUUCUCACCAUUUGGCUGAAUGACUCUGUGGCAUAACAUUGUGUCAAAAGUUGGAUAAAACUUGGCUUGCAGUUAGUUUUCUGCACCACCACCCGGCCUCAACCAUCUGUACAGUGGGUGGAAAAGGGAAAAGAUGGAAAAUUUCACAUGGGACAGUCUCUAAAUGCAACCUCGUGUUUUUGUUUGUUCCCCAGUGCUUUCUUAUGAACACUUUAAACACGGCCCAUAAACCUACCAUCAAAGUUCAACAAUUAGUGUUUUGCUGUAUUUGCUUUAUUUACACGUACUAUUUUUAAAUUAUUACUAUUAUUGUUUUUAAAUUAAUGCUCAUUUUUGAGAGAGAGCAGGGGAGUGGCAGAGAGGGAGACAGAGGAUCCGAAGUGGGCUCUGUGCUGACAGCAGAGAGCUUGAUGUAGGGCUUGAACUUAACCGUGAGAUCAUGACCUGCCGAAGUCAAAUGCUUAGCCGACUGAGCCACCCAGGCGCCCCUUAUUUUUAUUUUUAUUUUUAUUUUUUAGAGAAAGAAGGAGAGAGAGUGCAAGCGGGAAAAAGGGGCAGAGAGAGAGAACCUUAAGCAGGCUCUAUGCUCAGUGUAGAGCCUGAUGUGGGGCUCAGUCCCACAACCGUGGGAUAGUGACCUGAGCUGAAAAAGUCAGACCCUCAAUAACUGAGCCAGCCAGGCACCCUAUACAUAUUAUUUUUAUUAUUUAUUUGUAUAUAUAAUUUUUUUCUGAACCAAAUGAGGUUGCAGACAUUGUGAACUUCACUGGUAAAUUCGUUAGACAUCUCCUAGAAAUAGUCUUUUCUUACAAAACUGUAAUAUUGUUAUAUCAUUUAACAGCCUGUCCGUUUUCUAGUUUCUCGAAUUAUUUUGUGUUUAAUCUUAAAGAAUAGACCUUGGAUUCUCCGGAAGAGCAUGCUAGAGAACCUGUAAUUAAGCAUUUUGGAUCUUUUCCUGGUCUUCACAACUAAGUGAGAAGUAAAGGAAUUUACCUCCCAUCGAA